CUGGUGAUGGUUUUGUACUUCCUGUUGGUCCUGGGCGUUGGGCUCUGGGCUAUCCUGUCAAGCAGUCGUGGGACAGUAGAAGACUUCUUCCUGGCUGGCCGCAGUCUAGCACGGUGGGCGAUAGGCUCUUCUCUUUUUGCCUCCAGUAUUGGCAGUGGCCACUUCAUGGGCCUGGCUGGAAUAGGAGCGACUUCAGGCAUUGCUAUUGGGGCCUUUGAGUGGAAUGCUCCAAUUCUGCUCUGUGUUCUUGGUUGGAUAUUUUCUCCCAUUUACGUUAAGGCUGGGGUGAUAACAAUGCCAGAAUAUUUGAGGAAGAGGUUUGGUGGCUUCCGGAUCCAGCUCCUUCUUGCUGUUCUGUACUUAUUCCUCUAUAUCUUCAGUAGAAUCUUGGUAGAGAUCUGUACUGGUGCCAUGUUCAUGAGACUGGUUUUGGGGUUAGAUGUCUACCUGGCCACCAUAGCCUUGCUGACAGUUACUGGCAUUUAUACCACCACAGGUGGUUUUGCAGCUGUGGUUUAUACUGAUCCCUUACAUGCUGCUGUUAUGGUUCUGGGAUCAGUCUUGUUAAUGGGCUUUGCCUUUCAGGAGGUGGGAGGAUACCAGGAGCUAGUGAAUAAAUACCCAUAUAGUAAGCCAGACCCAAUCCAUGAAGGAAAUUGGAAUGCCAAGCCAGAGUGUUUUACUCCUCGCCUGGAUUUUUUCCAUAUCUUCCGAGAUCCCAUCACUGGAGACCUCCCGUGGCCUGGAAUCGUUUUUGGCAUCUCCACUCUCUCUUUAUACAACUGGUGCACUGACCAGAUUUUUGUCCAGCGAUGCCUGGCAGGGAAGAACAUUUCUCAUGUGAGAGGGGGCUGCCUACUUUGUGGGUACCUGAAGCUGCUGCCCAUGUUCAGCAUAGUGAUGCCGGGAAUGAUCAGCCGCAUCUUGUUCCCAGAUAAAGUGGCAUGUGUUGUACCUUCAGUAUGUGAGAGGUUCUGUGGCACAAGAACUGGUUGCAGCUCCAUCGCCUACCCGGUGCUGGUAGUAGAGCUGCUGCCCAAAGGCGUUCAGGGCUUGAUGCUGUCCGCACUAUGGGCCUCUCUCAUGUCCUCCCUGGCUUCUAGUUUCAACUGUGCCAGCACCCUGUUCACAAUGGACAUCUAUACCCUGAUCCGGCCUAUGGCCACUGAAAAGGAGCUCAUGGUAACAGGAAGGUUUUUUGUUAUAAUAUUACUUGCUGUCACCAUUCUCUGCAUCCCUAUUAUGGAAACAGAAUACAGUGAACGACUAUUUGAAUACACACAUGCAGUUAUGAGUUACCUGACCCCACCCAUUGCUGCCAUCUUCCUGCUUGCUGUAUUUUGCAAGAGAGUCACUGAAAAGGGUGCCUUCUGGGGGCUGACUGGAGGACUUCUGAUUGGCUUCUCUCGAAUGUUGUUCGAGUCUGCCUAUGGACCCUGGAGCUGCGGGGCAAACAGCAAGUGCCCCCUGAUCAUCUGUGGUGUGCACUACCUCUACUUUGCUGUAAUCCUCUUCAUAGUCAGCCUUUUCACCAUCCUGGGGAUCUCCUUAUUCCCGGACCCAAUUCCAGAUAAACAUCUCCACCAGCUCUGUUGGAGUUUACGAGACAGUCAAGAGGAAAGGGUAGAUUUGGAUGCAGAAAUACAAGGGAGGAGACCAGCACCCCAAGCACAGCCAGAUAUACUUGAGGAGACCCGGGGCUGCUUCUGGAAAGCCUGGAAUGCAUUCUGUGGACUGGAGCCACAGCUGGGCCCCAAACUGGCCCCCAAAGAAUUAGCCAAGGAGAGGAUGGAGCAUGGUACCAUAUCGACAGGGAUAGAGCACAUAUUGGCAGGGACAAAAUGCCAUGACAUGUCUGAAGGGACAAAGUGCUGUGAAAUGUCUGAAGGGACAGAGCACAGUGCCACAUUGGAAGAGACAGAGUGCUGUGAUACAUCUAUAGGGACAGAGAGUGGUGACAUGUUGAAAGGGUCAGAGCAUAGAAACAUGUGGGAAGGGAGAAAGCACAGUGACGUGUGGGAAGGGACAAAAUAUGGUGACAUGUCAGAUAUCCCCUUUAGGAGAGAAAUCACCAAUGUCAGCGGGUUUCUCUUGAUAUUGACCAUAGUUCUGUUGCACAUCUACUACAACUAAGGCAGCUGGGGCCCAGGGGUACCUGGUAAGAGCAGGCAAACCACAGCCUCUUCUAGAGUCCUUCAUUAUCCAGUAGAGAAAGUGUUUCCUACUGGGAGAGACCCAUGGGUAUGGAACCAAGGAUUACACUAAUGUAAACACUCCCUCAGUGUCACAAAUCGAGUACCACCAGCUGCAGGGCAUGCAUGCUGAGGGGACAGGGUGAAGUCCAUUUGCGACUCCAGAAACUAUGCAAAUGAGAACAUCUGUUCCUUUACAAAAUGAGUCAUUUUCUCCAAAUGGCUCUACUGCAUAA